GAAAUUGAUUUGCAGAAUAACAGAACAAAGAUAUCCACACCUUUGGGACAAUGAGAGGGCCAAUCAGCAGAUUCUGUAGGAUAAAGUAUAAAUAAAGGCAACGGCUUCCAUGUCAGUGACAUUCGUCUGCAACUGGCUCAGCGACGACAUCAGAAACAGGAUACAACAUGGAUCUUAAAUUUCUUGGUAUUUUACUUCUCUUGGCAGUAGCAGCUUAUGCUGAUCCUUCUGCGGAGAUUGAAGAGAUUGAAGACCCUGUUGAAAAUGAUGAAGCUCUUGAUGAUGUAAUGGAUGAUGACGAUGAAGAUCUCUCUGAUGACUUGGCGUUUGAUGAAGAAGACUUACGUGGCAGACUAAGAAGAAAAGCUAAGAAAGUGCCAUACUUCUCCAAGGGAAAGUACUGUGUCUGCAGCAAGCAGAAACAAUCAAAAGAAGACGAGACAGAAGAUAUAGCUGAAAAGGAUGUACAAGACCAUAUUGAUGACGUUGCAGAGGAUGUCGAAAAUGCAAUCAAUAAGCCAAGGAAACGACUCAGACCAAGCAAAAAACACUGGAAAUUGGCCUUGAGAAAACUCGUGUAUCCAUUUUUCAAAGCUGAAACCCUUGGAUGCUUCUGCACACGAAACAGAGCUGUUGUCAGAUUGUUGAACUACCUGCACCUUGUUCACUACAUCCACCUUAAGCAGAAGAAAGUCUUCAUCCAACACGUCAAAUAUUUGGUUGCUCAAGUCAAGAAACAGAGGGGAGGCUGAGCUAAUAUGGCGGACAUUCAACUGACACUUGCUUGUAGCUGAACUUUCUAUUUGGAAUCUUCAAAUAUCAAAGUAGCACACACAUUAAGUUAAUGAAGCUCUUCAUACUUUUGUAUGCACCAUAAUUUAUCAUUAAAAAAUUAACUUAUUUGUAGAGACUCAA